CCAUAAAAAAAACGACAGAGACAAGUUUAAUGUGUUUGCGGAGGUUUAUGGCAGGCGUUAAAUUAAAUCGUCUUAUUACAAAUAUAUAGCAUAUAUAGCAUUAAACUCCUAAACCAGCCUCGGACUGAGCUGCUUCAAACGUCGAGGAGCCGCGCAGGAAUGUCGUUCAGCCUGUUAGCUAACGUUAGCAGCCGCAGCUAACACCACCAGAGCAGCGUUGGAGAGAUAGUUUCAUGAAUUUACGUUGUUUUUUUAAAAACUAACGAGCACUUUCUGGAUUGACUUCAAUUAAAUGGAUGAGCACAAGGAGAACAUUCAGGCCGAAGACGUCAAUGUGAAGAUGUCUAAUGCAAGAGAAGAGGAAAAGGCUAAGCCCUGCAGCAGAAUAUGUCCUGCUGAAGAAUCUGCUGCUCAGGAGUCCCAGUCUCAGCCCAACAGCGACUUCAGCCACCCGGUGUACAAAGAGAUCGCCUUGGCCAACGGACACAUCAACCGCAUGUCUAAGGACGAGCUCCGGCUCAAAUUAGCAGAGCUGAAGCUUGACACAAGAGGAGUGAAGGAUGUGAUGAAGAAGAGGCUGAAGAGCCACUAUAAGAAGCAGAAGCUGAUGCAGACUGCAGCAGAGGGAGGCCCCACUGACACCUACUACGACUACAUCUGUGUGGUGGACUUUGAAGCCACAUGUGAAGAAGAUAAUCCCUCAGACUUCCUCCAUGAGAUCAUCGAGUUCCCCAUGGUCCUCAUCAACACGCACAACUUAGAGAUCGUGGACUCCUUUCAGGAAUAUGUGAAACCAGAACUGAACCCGAAGCUUUCAGACUUCUGUGUGAAGUUAACGGGAAUAACUCAGAAAAUGGUGGACGAAGCAGACCCAUUCCCAGCAGUGAUGCAGCGAGUCGUGGCGUGGCUUCAGGAGCGGGAACUUGGAACAAAAUACAAAUACGCCAUUCUGACUGACGGGGCGUGGGAUAUGAGCAAGUUCCUCAACAUCCAGUGUCGGAUCAGCCGCAUCAGAUAUCCUCAAUUUGCGAAGAAGUGGAUAAACAUCAGGAAAUCAUACGGGAACUUCUACAAGGUGCCUCGCACACAGACGAAGCUGAGCACGAUGCUGGAGAAGCUCGGCCUCAAGUAUGAAGGUCGUCCUCACUCCGGGCUGGACGACUCGCGCAACAUUGCCAGGAUAGCUCUGCGCAUGCUGCAGGACGGCUGCCAGCUGCGCGUCAAUGAGCGAAUGCACGCCGGCCAGCUGCUCUCAGUUCCCAGCUCGGCCCCCAUGGAAGGAGCUCCGCCACCUCAUAACCCCCGCAGCAGAGACUAAAUGCCAAAACAGAGGUUUGUAUCGGCUCUAACAUCUGUCGCCACUCUGUACUCUGUGAGUUACAGACUAAAAGCACCUUUACUGGAGCUUCAAUCUGUACAUGGGGUCUGGUUUAGAUUUAAGAUUGUCGGGGUCUUCGACUUCAUACGUGAGGGUUCCUCUCUGAUCAUGUAUUUUUUACACCAGAUGUAUAAGAACAGAUCAUUCCUGUGUGUUGUGGGCGUCAGGGUGUUAAACGGCCUCACUUUGCCUUAUAGAGCUGCUGAUAUUCAACGAUUUGAUUUCAGUAACUUUUAGUUGCCCCAUAAAGGUGAAAAUUUGGUUUUUGAUUCUAGUUUUGCCCCCAAGAAUCCAGUUUUGAACAAGACUAUAAUGAACAAUUGGGAUUUGUUUACAUUUCAAAUGUAAAGAAAUCUGCAGCUUUACAUGAACACUGAUGUUUUUAAGUUUGGCCUUUCCAGUCCCAUAUCUGUCCAACUACUGUGCUAAUAAAAACGGAGAAUGCUGCUAUCGCUGUGCUGCUUGAAGUGCCACAUCAUGACACAGCCAUCACAUCACACAGUUUGCCACUUUCCCAGAGUAAGUUGAAGGUUUGGAAACAGUCCUGUGGACUUUCAUUGUCUGUAUUGUCUCAGAUUCUGAGAACUUAUAGCUCCAUAUAGUAAUUCUAGAAAUAGUGUACAGGCGGUCGUUUGACAAACCUCGUAGUGAACAGCUGCAGAAUUGACAUUUUGUCUGUUGUACGUGCUGUAUGAGUUGAGCCUGUCUUGUAGUGUUUUCAUCUUUCUAUGGAUGUUGACUUUUAUUUCAUGGAGGAUGAUCUAUUUUAACGGGAACAGAUAUUCUUCUGAAUGCUAAAUAGCUCAAAUAAAAUAUGUUCUCAGUUCA